CAUUUCAAUCCACUUGGGCCCAUUGGAAGGGCCCAAACAGUUCUUACAAGCGAAGGGAUAUCCAAAUAUGCAGUGCUGGGAUUGUCAACCACGAGAACUCUCCUCCAAAUUUCAAACUUGAUGGUGAUUGGUCCAAUCCGAUAACCUUAUCCACCAAUGCCCAACGGAGAAGCUGCCACGUAGGACAGAUCAAGAUGUCUAGUCUUCCUGAUAUCUCAAAUUUCCACCUCUCAUUACCCCUCUUCCCUCCCUCCAACUUGUAAGGCAACCAUUACAAUAACAUCUUCACCAAUUAUAUUGGUAAUUUCACCAAAAGAAAGCUUCUUGUUGAGAAGAGAGUAGAGAGGGCAGGAGCGAAGAUCAGAGAAACAAAUGGCUUCAACUUCAGCUGUUUCAAUGGCCUUGCCAUUAACUUAUGCAAGCCAAAAGAGGAUUCCAGCCUCUGAGGCUUUCUUCAAGCCACUCCCAGCGAGGCCAUCUAAGGCUAUGUCAGCAUCAAAAUCCAGUGGUAGGUUUCAAGUCAAGGCUUCGUUGAAGGAGAAGUUGGUCACUGGAUUGACAGCAGGUGCACUUACAGCUUCCAUGGUGAUUCCAGACGUAGCUGAAGCAGCUGGGGCUGGGGCUUCUCCUUCUCUCAAGAACUUCUUGCUCAGCAUUGUGGCUGGUGGAGUUGUGCUUGUUGCCAUUAUUGGUGCAGUGAUCGGAGUUUCCAAUUUCGACCCUGUCAAGCGGGGUUAAGCGAUGUACAAUUCUGAGAAUGUUUGGAAUUCUUUUACAACUUCAUGUCAUGUAUCUUGUUUGAUGCUUUCAAUGAUCCUCUGUGUGAAAUCUUCAGAUGUAACGUGGCCCAAGACUUGUGAAAUCUAAAUAUUACUUUUCCUGUC